AAUGUCAUUUUUUUUAAAUUUUCAAAUUUGCCUCCGGUUCCGGCGCCCGUACGUCCCGAUGUCACAGGGACCGAAACACGGAAACCAGAUGCCGGCAUCGGCUGGAGGAGAUGGCCGGGGACACUGCAGGGGACGCAUCGCGGGAGCGAAGGACAAGGUAAGCGCUGUAGGGAAUCCCUGUGCAACGCCGCAUGGUAAGCCCGAGUGUAGCUCGGGGUUACCACUUUUGGUACUGAAACUUUACCCCGAGCUACACUUGGGAAUACCACCAGGGAGGUUAACGAAUAGGGGGAGGUUUACUAAAACUGGAGCACCCAGAAUCUGGUGCAGUUGUGCAUAGUAGCCAAUCAGCUCCUUACUUCAGCUUGUUCAAUUAUGCUUUGACAAUAAAAUCUGGUU